CGUGGUGCCUGCAUUUGAAGGCGACGUCACGGCUGUCGUUUGUUUCAGGGUCUAAUCAUCGACAUAACAAAUACUUGUAACAAGAUUGUUAAUUGACACACUUUUAACAUACGAACAUUUAUAAUCGCAAAUCCCGAGGCGGUUGUAAUGACGGGGAAUUCAAAUAAUUUUAAUGAGCUCGUUGGUAGUUUGAAGAAAGAGUAAGUCGGGGAGGGGAGCCAUUUUGUCCCGACAGUGCGAGAGAAAGAAAGAGUGGAAAAGGGGAAUCACACGGGAUACAUUUUUUUGGGUGGUUUUUAAUUCAAAUGCUGUAAGAGAACCCGGUUUGCUACUCUUCGGUUACUGUUGCGACACGCUACCCCUGGUGGUAUAUAGCUAACUAGCCAACUAGAUAUCAACAUAACUCAAAUAUUACACACCGUUCCUCUGCUUGUAACUCAGGCUGGCUUUAGACCUGCGGUAGAUAGUUUCUGCUCUGUCCUGCGAACACAACUUGUCUAUCGAUGGCGAAGAAGACCUACGACCUGCUCUUCAAGCUCCUGCUGAUCGGUGACUCGGGUGUGGGGAAGACCUGCGUGCUGUUCCGAUUCUCAGACGAUGCCUUCAACACCACCUUCAUCUCCACCAUAGGAAUAGACUUCAAGAUCAAAACUGUUGAACUCCAGGGAAAGAAGAUCAAACUACAGAUAUGGGACACAGCUGGUCAGGAGCGGUUCCACACCAUCACCACGUCCUACUAUCGAGGCGCCAUGGGCAUCAUGCUGGUCUAUGACAUCACCAACGCCAAGAGCUUCGAGAACAUCAGCAAGUGGCUCCGCAACAUCGACGAGCAUGCCAACGAGGACGUGGAGAGAAUGCUGCUAGGCAACAAGUGUGACAUGGAGGACAAGAGGGUGGUACCAAAAGCCAAGGGAGAGCAGAUUGCCAGAGAACAUGGUAUUAGGUUUUUUGAGACGAGUGCCAAGGCCAACAUCAGCAUCGAGAAGGCUUUCCUCACGCUAGCAGAAGACAUCCUCAGGAAGACGCCCGUCAAAGAGCCCAACAGUGAAAACGUGGACAUCAGCGGUGGGAGUGGAGUCACAGGAUGGAAGAGCAAGUGCUGCAGUUAGAACAGCCCUCUGUCCCUCCCUCACACACACUAACGCACGGAAGCACACACACUCUCUCUAACCGCUAACUCAGUCUCUCUAACACUCGUCCCCUCUAUCUGUUCUCCAUCUGUUCUCACUGACAAUUAACCACUUCAGUCUUCUGUUCCCCCCCCUCAUGGUCCCCCCCAUGGUCUGUUCUUCCCCCCCCCCCCCCCUCGUGGUCUGUUCUUC